GGAAACUAUGUUAGUUGACUGGAUAUGGAUGGCGAUAUAAAAGAAGAUAAUGAUGCUUCACCCCAACCUGUGGACGACAUACUGCAGUAUGAUAGAUACGGUUUUCGUGGUGGUCAGCAGUACACAAGGCCAGAAGAGCUUGCUGUUUUUGAGCUCCACUCGAACGUCUGGGGAUAAUGGAGCCUAGAAUCAAAGACUCCGUCAUGCUGAUUUUCCUGUGGUUAUCAUAAGGGGACUUCUUACCUUUCUUGAAGACUUGAACAAACAGUGAUUGAGACCGACCAGAAGGGAGCAUACCCAACUCCCAUACAGUAACUAAUACCUCAAUUAAUCCGACCGAUAAUCCGCGGCCUUUAAAUAUUUCCGGUGCCAGUUCGUCCAGUCCGGAUGCUCUUCGUUCUAGAUUACGUACAGCUUUAACUGUCUCAAUGUCUCAUUCCAGAUCUUACUGGAUCGCAAGCAACAGAAUAGCAACUGAAGGCCAGUUGAACUGUCCCUUAAAAUGCUCCUGCCAUCGUUCCAGUCGUCUGUCCCGCAAAGAAGAUCGUGUUCCUCUCGAGGUUAUACGUUCACGUGAAUUGAAAUGGCGUAAAAUGUGUUCUAAUUGGAGUUUAUGGUAUUUCAAAUAUCAUCAAAAAUUGCGUGAUCGAUGUCGCAAAGGUAUUCCUGACUCCUUUCGUUGUGAAGCUUGGCAACGGCUUUGUGCGAGUCCUAUGGUACUUGUCCAGCGACAGCGAAUUACUUAUAACGAACCGAUAGAAACAGAAACCACCUCACCAACAAAGGAAAAUAAUAAAAAUAACAAUCAUAGUAGUAAAAACAGAUUUUCCAAGCAUCGUUUUGGUACAUUGUCAAACCAAGGAAAUUAUAAAAGCCUUCAAACUAUUAUUACCUCUCCAAGUUUUCAUGCUAGUCAAGGAAAAGAAGAUGAUAGACGCAAACUUUUAUUCCGAAAAUUACAUGGAACUGAUGGUGCUAGUUUAACUGAAGGUUCCAGUUCCCAUUCCUUGUACAUUAGAAGGAAUAAAGAUAUCAUUUCUGUUUCACGUGACAGUUAUGGAUAUUCUCCAGCUCUUCCUUUUUCCUUACAAAAUUCUGACAGUCCAAAUACACAAAGAAUAUCACCAUGGCAACGAACUCUUUUCAAUGGUGAGUCAGUUAGAUCAAUAUCGGGCACAACUCAUAGCAGUCUUCACAAUUUACCUUCCAGUGCAUUGAACAAUGUUAACUCUAUGUACAAUCAACAAGCAUUACCUUAUUCAGCCUAUUCAACAAUAGCGUCUGUUCAUGGUAAAUCGUGUUCACCUGAAUCUCAUGUUGAUACUACUGAGAUGACAUCGAAUCACAUGAAAAUGACUAGAAAUUCUGGUGGAUAUGCCAGUCUAAGUACAACAUCCUGUACAGAUAGUUCAGGGACGAAUCAUUAUCAAAAUGAAAUUCAAAUCCUUGAAGCAUCAUCUACAGAUUCAUGUACUUCAAUAUUAAUAUCAUCAUCGGUGGCAUCUUCAUCAUCGCCAAUCUUACAUCAAAUUACGCCAAAUUUCGAUUUAUCAUAUCAUCAACCUGGUGAGGCUGAGGAUGCUAGAGCCACAUUGGUGCCAUCAGUUGAUUUAGAUCCGGAAAGAUUAUAUACGAAUUAUUGUAUGCAGGAGGGAUCACCAUCUAAUUGUGAACAAAUACGUCGUGAUAUUGAUCGUCAAUUUCCAUUUCAUGAAUUAUUCAGUAAGAAGGGUGGUCAUGGUCAAGAAAGCUUAUACACUUUGCUGAAAGCAUAUACCAUUCGGCAUCCAGAGAAAGGUUAUUGUCAGGGUCAAGCCCCAUUAGCAGCUGUUUUACUAAUGUUUAUGCCCGAAGUCGACGCUUUUUGGACUUUCAAUGAAAUUUGUGAACGUUACUUAGAAUCUUACUAUGAUGAUGGUCUAGAACGAGUUCAGAUAGAUGGUGAAGUUCUAUAUGCUCUUCUAAAGUCAAUAUAUCCUCCUAUAUACAAGUUUUUGCGAAAAUAUUCAGUGGAACCGAAUCUUGUUGUCUUGGAAUGGUUCAUGUGCGCCUAUACUCGAACUUUACCUUGGGCAGCUGUACUGCGAAUUUGGGAUAUGUUUUUUUGUGAUGGUAAGAUUAUAUUAUUCAAGGUGGCUAUUAUUCUACUUCAUCGUUUAUUUGGACACCCUUCACAUCGCAAAUCAUGCGGUGGACUGGAUGAUAUUCUGAUACGAUUGCGUGAAGUUUCAUCUGUUAUUGGUAAAUUGGAUGAUUUUAUCCGUGAAGUUGUUCGAGUCCCACUAACUGCUAAGGAAUUAAGUCAACAAAUUGUUCGACAAUCACAAAAAUGGGCGGCUAAAAAUCAAAAAUGAACGCAAAACUUAGAAUGAGUACACUUAAGUAUGCUUAUAUAUAAAUAAAUGAAGCUAACUAAUUUAUGGACAUCAUUGUUCACCUACUGUGUUAAAGAAUAAAAGCACCUGAACUCUCUCAGGUCAGCAAGUCGUCAUAAAAAGAACUAUGAUUACUUCAGUAUGCUAUUGAUGCAUAUUCUCUUUGGCUGCUGAAAUAAUUUUUAUUCACCGCGUUUCUUUUGGAUGAAAAAAACAACGAUAUACUAAACAUCAAAUUUUUCUCUUGUUUCCUUUAGUUCAAUAAGCAACUAUAAUGAAUACAGCCUCCACAAUUUAUGGUGCAAUGUAUUUACUUACUUCCAGUCACCUGAUACUACUACACAUACAUAUACAAUUCAUAUCCAAAAUGUUUAAUGGAGAUCUUUGCUGUCAUUUGAAUUUGUUUCUUAUUUGCUUCCCUUUUGUUUUAAUCAGUAUGUAGUUUUAAUAUUUAUAAAGUGGUAUGUUUUAUUCGUCCGUACUAUCUGUUGUCUGAUCUACUUUUAUUUGCCGAUCGAUAUUGUAUCUGUUCAACUGAUAUGAUUACUUGUUUCAAAAUGUUUGAAUAGUUACGUGGGUAAUUCUUCUAGAAAGAGAUGAAUAAUCCAUCUACGCCUGUUGUUACAAUUUAAUUCCUUCUGUGAAUAUGCAUAUAUUUAUCCAUCCAAAUUAGUAAUUUUUCUCGUAUAAGAUAAUAAUUCCUAACAUCUUGUUAAGCUCAUCAAUUCAGUGAUAUCGUUGCUAUUUUCAGAGUUGAUCGACAGUUGCACUCCAACUACAAACCGUGAUCGUUAAUUCAGUUCAUACAAUUGUUAUAUAAUUUAUGUAAUCACCACUAUCUAUAUAUGCAUUUAUUCACCUUAAAUCGUUUCGCUUACCGCUAUUGUUAUUGUCAUUAUCGCAACCAUUAUUAUCAUACAGAAACCUGAAUUAUUUACAAACCUAAUCAAAUCAAAGUGUACAUAAAGUUCUUUUUAAAUUUAUUUACUUAACGGGCUAAUUUAUAGUUACUUAAAUAUAUGUGUGAUGCCAGUU